GUCGCUGAUCUGCUUGCGAAUUUGACCAGACUCUGUGGUGAACCAAUAGAUAUCGAUAAUUUAUGGGUAGUAAGAGACGCUCUGUUCAUCGAGCAAGUACAUGCUAACGACACCUUAAGGAAGGUGAACACGUGGUUCAGCGACGAUCUGUAUAAUAAAAUGACCACUGUAAAUGACCAAGUGCAAAUCUAUCAAAAUGGCAUAUUUGAUGGACCACUAAUUAUGAAUAAUCUCGAUAUUGGAAAUGAGAUUCAGAAAAUCCGUGGUGGUUCAUUGGUUAACGACCUCAAUAUGCACAUGAAUAUAAAACUACAAUGUAUGAACAAAUCUGGAUCAAAUUGCUCGUGGAUCAACGGCUUGAAAUACUACGUCUACUCAGCGCAUGACGACACGAUUUAUGGAAUGUUUGCCAUACUGGGUAUUGAGACUAAAGUUAUAAGCACGCUCGGAUAUCCAGACUAUUCAGCGGCAACAUUCCUUGAACUGUGGAGAAAUCGUACCGAUGACCGACCUUACUUCAAGGUUAGUGAGUUCUUUAAAAUGCUAUACAAAACAACUGUGUGCUACAGUAUGCUUAUCUCCAAGGUAGAUGGUAAGUAA